UCAGUUCUUAUAUUUCAAAAGUUAACCAGAAGUAUAUUAACCAGUGAUUUCAGUGAGUUAUGUUGAGUUGAGUUCUAAUAAACUUACUUCUAAUUUUGUUAACAAAUAAUGGCUGCAUAAGGGAAUCUUAAACUAACUGUUAAAAUACGACAGAUUGUACUGUACCUAAGUUUGCAUACCUUUAGUCAAUCCUGACGGUACAUUAUCUUGUCUUAUGCACUAGAAAAUAUGCUCGAUAAUUUAAAUAAAACUGUUGAGUAAAUAUAAUCCAUCCGAUACGAUUAAAAUAUGUUCACUAGUAAUUAGCGAACUUAUCACUUGAUUUUGUUUGCAAUGUUGUAUGAACUUUCAUGUUUUUUUUCCAACACGUUUGGUUAGAUAGUGAAGGAGCUAUUACACUACCGCAAACAAACAAACAAACAAACUCGCACUUUUUCGUGUUUGACAGUUUGCCAAACUCGCAAACAAGGCAAAUUGUAUGCUGGCUGACGUUUGUACAAAAAAUUCAAGUCAAACUUUCAAAAAGUGCGAGUUGUUUGUUUGUUUGCCGUAGUGUAAUAGCUCCUUCACUAUCUAAUCAAGCGUUUGAUAGUAAAUGUGAGCUCUUUGUAUAGACCAAACUAAAAAGUGACCCCGUUCGUUUAACAACAAUUGGUGUCAAACCAUCGGGGUUUCAGUGUACCAUACGUCAAUCCGAAUUUGUGACAGCAAAAAUAAUAGUUAUUUAUUUAAAAGUUCAUAUUGAAACCGCAAUACCAGCAGCACUUUCAGGCAGCUAAUUUACAUCAAUCGCUAGUGCAAUUAGUUUUGUCAUGCUGAAAGUCAAUGACCAUUGUGACAUUUGUGAAAAGCGUGAAAUUUGUGACUCAGUAACCCGGAAGGACAUCAGACAUGGCGAAGGAUCGUGCACAAUUCUACAGCGCGCUGUUGGAGAAGCAGGAGGCAUUCUCCCUCGAUCAUGUGGAAGACCAGGACAUGACCACGGCGCCCUUCUCAGCAUUGGAGUUUUUCAUCAGCUUGGACUUGGAGCCGGAUCAGUACGAAGGUCUUAUGGAGGCGUUUGAAGAGCUCGCAACGCGACCACACGCGCCGUUCACCAGCCUGCAAGGAUGGCUACUGUCCUGCAGCCCUCCGGAAGAGUUCAUGGUUGCAUGGCACUUGGAAGCACGCGUUGAACUUCAAGCACUGAUGCAACACACAGCUGAACGAAUCAUCGAGAUGAAUGCUGCCGACAUCGGAGAGUUGAUUGAUAGUUCCGGACUGGACACGGCGGAUUUGACGUUGAUCAGCACCUGGAGCAUUGACAGCGCAACAGUGAAAGCCGACCACUCUUCCUCAUCUGUAUCGCUUUUUGAGGACAACGAUAUUCUAUCUGCGGCCGUUACGCCGAUCCAGAUGAUCAUGAACAGCGAUCCCGACCUCACAGUGUGGUUCAAUCCAAUGCCCCAGAGCAUUCGCUUCUGCAGACCCAUCGUGUUGGAAUACGAUUGCAAGGAUACGGACCAUACUCGUAAAACGAAACUGGCUAUUGAGCAAGAAAUCGCCAACCUGAAACGGAUUCGGGUUAUCCUGCCCAAUGGCAAGUUUGUUCACGCUGACUUCCGAUUUACGCUGAGCUUAACGGAGGAUAACGCGCUGGAGUUUUUCCCGGAGGCAUCGAAGACGGGAAACUGUUUGAUUUGUGGAGCAACACCGGACGCGAUGAACAAGAUGGAAAUCCUCGAAGUAGAUUCAAAGGGACAUACGCCACCGUACUACAGCUUCACUCCACUUUACGUCUGGGUGCAAUUCUUUGAGUUUUUGAUGGAGAUUUCUUUUAGAUCGAACCUUGGACAAUGGAUGAUCACAGAUUCUACCAGAGAUCAGUAUCAGCAGAGGAAGCAAAACAUUACCGAACAGAUCUACGAGCUGUUUGAUGAUCCAGAAGAACCUAAGCGCAAAUCGGGACAAAUUAGUCUUGAAGCAUUUGCAAAUACGACGGAGCUGAGCGACAUGCUGGAAAUCGACGAAGAACUCAUCGUCCGUUUCCGGAACAUUGCGAUUGCCAUCAACGUGCAAGAUCCGAUUAAUCCGUUCAAGCUGGACAACUACUGCAAGGAAACUUAUCGCCACUACUUGACCACCUACAGCUGGUGUCGCAUCCCAACAGCGAUUCAUCAGGUAUUGGCCCAUGGUGCCGAAGUCUGCAUCCAUGCCCCGGCGCCGCUGGCUUUCCUGGCCGAAGAAGCCGCUGAACCCCAAGAUGUUUCACUAAACCGACGUCAAACUCACCACACCCGGGAACGGAACUCUAGGGAAACGAUGAAGGGCGUCUUCAUGCGGGCCAUGAACGGAUCCGAUCCGAUCAUCAGCUCCUGCUGGGUGCAACGGCGACGCAAGAUCAGAUACGCGCUGGGCUAUCCGGAAGCGGUGACGGACAUGCUGAUGUACGAGUUCGACGGCAGUGAUCGCGAGGAAGAAGACGAAACACCGAUGAGGCUGCUCGAGGACGAUGUUCGCCUAAUUGAUAUCGAGUUCUGCAAGUUUGACGAUUGAAGCGUUGAAAGAAAACCUUAAACAUUGAUUACCGACGUGCUAAUCCGGCCAAAAUGGCCGGCAAGAAAAUGUUAU